UUAGUCAAGCCCACACGACACGAUAUCCCCUUCUCCCCUGAGCUCUCACUCUGCUCCCGCUAAACCCAAAACCCUGGCCAACCUCGCCGCGAAUCCACUGAAACCGAGCUCGAUUCCCCUCCCAUGGAGCUGCAGCUCGCCCCGCUCGGCAUCCUCUCGCUGCAUCACCACCGCGCCGUCACCCGCCCCACCAAGGCCACGUCCACGGCCACCGCCAACAUAACAUCGGCAUGCUCGGCGGAAGCGCUCAAGCCACGGCCGCAGCUCCCGCCGCCGCUCCGCCGGCGGAGGGCGCGGGGCGUCCACCUCCCUUCCCUCUGCGCCGCCAUCGAGCGGCUGGUGGCCGAGGGGCGGCACCGCGAGGCCUGCGACGCGCUCAGGGAGGCCCGCGCGGGCGCCCCGUUCGCGGCGCUGCCGCCGGGCACCUACGACGCGCUGGUGACCGCCGCCUCCGCGCUGCGGGAGGCCGGGUCCGCGGCGGCGGUGCUGUGGCACAUGGAGAGCUCCGGGUUCCAGCCCGACCAGUACAUGUGGAACCGGGUGCUGGGGAUGUAUCUGGCGUGCGGGAUGCUGGCCGAGGCGCGCGAGGUGUUUGAGGGAAUGCCGGCUCGGAGCCGGGUCACCUGGGGCGUGAUGAUGGGCGGGCUGGUCGACGGUCGGCAGCCCCGCGGCGCCCUGGCACUCUUCGGUGAGCUGUGGGGGGAGAUGGGCGUGGGAGCAGGGCCGAGGGUGCUUGUGGUGGCCGUCCGUGCAGCCACAGCGCUUGGGUCGGUGCGCGCUGGGCAGGAGCUGCAUUGUUGCGUCGCGAAGAUGGGGGCGUGCGAGGACCAGUACUUGCCGUGUGCGCUCGUCGACAUGUACAGUAAGUGCGGGCGGCUUGAUGAGGCGAGGCGGGUGUUUGAUGGGAUGCCGUGGAGGAGUGUCGUGGCGUGGAACACGAUGCUGGCUGCGUAUUCGCUUCAUGGGUGUGCUGAGGAGGCAGUGGACUUGUACCACGACAUGUGCGAGUGUGGUGUUGUCUUUGAUCAGUUCACGUUCUCGACGAUGCUCGGGGUUUUCUCGAGGCUGGGUCUCCUGGAACAUGCAAAGCAAAUCCAUGCUAGCCUGAUUCAAAGUGGGUUACAUAUGGAUAUUGUUGGGAAUACGGCACUUGUUGAUCUGUAUUGCAAGUGGGGUCGGAUGGAAGAUGCAAGGCAUGUGUUUGAGAGGAUGCCUAGCAGGAACCUUAUCUCUUGGAAUGCUCUAAUAGCAGGGUAUGGCUACCAUGGCAUGGGGGCUCAUGCUAUUGAGAUGUUUGAGAGGCUCAUAGCUGAAGGGAUUGCUCCAAAUCACGUGACAUAUCUAGGAGUACUAAAUGCGUGUAGGUUUUCUGGAUUUAUCGACAAAGGGAAGAGGAUUUUCCAGUUGAUGGCUCAGAAUCCAAAAACGAAACCACGGGCAAUGCACUAUGCUUGUGUUAUUGAGCUUUUUGGUCAACAGGGGCUACUGGAUGAAGCCUAUUCAAUGAUAAGGAAAGCACCGUUCACCCCAACUGCCAACAUGUGGGGAGCGUUGCUCACUGCUUGUAGGAUCCACAAGAAUAUUCAGCUUGCUAGAUUAGCAGCCGAGCAGCUAUUGGCGAUGGAACCUCAGAAAGUUAACAAUUAUAUUGUGCUUCUCAACUUGUAUAUUAGCUCAGGCAGACAGGACGAGGCUUUGAAGGUAGUUAACACCUUGAACGGCGCGGGGUUAUGUAUGAGUAAUGCUUGUAGCUGGAUCACAGUCAAGAAAAAAGAUCACAGGUUUUUCUUUAAGGAUAGUCUCCACCCAAAAAGUUCAGAGAUCUACAGGAAGCUACAUACGUUAAUGGAGGCGUUGAAAGAACUUGGUUAUGUAGCUGAAGAGGAUGAAUUGCUCCCUGAUAUUCUUCCUGAUGAGCUAAAGACAUCGAAAGCUUACCAUAGUGAAAGACUUGCAGUUGCGUUUGGUAUUAUCAGCACAUCUCCAUCUACUCCCUUGACAAUCAACCAAAGCCAUCGGUUGUGUCGUGACUGCCACAAGGUAAUGAAAUUGGUUGCACAAGUUACCAAGAGAGAGAUUGUUUUAAGAGAUGGUAGCAGGUUUCACCACUUCAAACUUGGGACAUGCUCUUGCGGUGACUACUGGUAACUAGCUGAUGAUUCCAGAGGUUAUAUGAAGCAUCUCAACUGGAAAAGCUUCAUUAGUGAGGAUGCAAGGCUUGGUAAGUUCAUAGAUUUUUAGUUUUUUUUUAGUUUGAUUCUCAUUGAUAUGCAUGUUUACCUUGCCUUCCUUUUUAUUUUACUGCUGUCAAAAGUCGAUACUUGUUUGCAGGUCUUGGUGAGUAGCUUCUUAUAUACUCUUAUCAUUCUGUGAAAAGCUGACCUUUAUGACGUGCUAGGAAGAAAAAUGUUUUCUUUUGAGCAAAAUCAGGUCGGCACCUUUCCCUGUGUUUCCACUAGCUUUGCAAACCUUGUGUAAAAGAAGAAUCUGCAAAAGUAGGCUGGAUAUUAGAAUAUGUGAUGGGGUUGGCUUUCAUACUGGAGAUACCAAUAUUUACUUGUGUCCAGCAAGGAAGGAAUAAAGCUCAGAUGUAACAAAGGAUCCAAGGAA